AUGGAUGUUUACAAACCCACGCCAUCUUUACCACAGCCUGACACACAGACAACAGCAACAUUUCUAACAGUAGAAUCUACAAGACAACUCAUCACACAAGUUCAACACACAGCUGUUGAAGAACAUCCUGACCUAGAGCGUAGACUCGCCUAUAUUGAAACAACACUAUCUUCACUACAGGACACACAACACAAGUCUACAGAUGACAUAUCAGAAAUAAAACAAUGGAGAGACAACUUUGUAACAGAACAGAGUGACAUGGGGGUAAACAUUGCACAACUGACUAAAAAACAAAAGCAGAAUUUUAAAAACAUCAGCAAACAAAUGAGUGAACAUGAUAUCAAAAUAAAGGAGCUGAACAAAGAAAUUGAAAGUUUAAAUGAAAAAGAAACCAAGUCAAACAAAACACAAGAGAAACUGUCUCAAGAUAUGAAAGAAUAUGAAAACAACUUACAUAAAAUAAAUAAAGAGAUGCAAGCUUACACAGAUAAAACAGACAAUAUAACACAAGAAAUUAAAAGGUUUUCUGAUUUAAUUGUUUCGUUACAAGAUGAAAGUAAUAAAACCUUUGUCAAAACAUCAAUCGGAUUUGAAAAGUUGCAAUCAAAGCACAGUGUGAUGUACAAACUCCUACAACAAUAG